UUCUAACUAGUCACUUAACUGUUUCCCUCCUAGGGAGAACCAGGAGACCCUGGAGAAGAUGGGAUGAAAGGUGUGAAAGGAGAAACUGGGUUACCUGGCCAGCCUGGAGAACGGGGAAUUGAAGGCCCCAGAGGUCCCCCUGGAGUUCGUGGUGACCCUGGAGACCGAGGCCCUGUAGGAGAAAAGGGUGAUCGAGGCCCUCCAGGACUGGAUGGUCGGAAUGGGGUAGAUGGAAAACCUGGGCAAACUGGGCCUGCAGGACAAAGGGGUGACCCAGGAAAACAGGGUGACCCAGGCAGAGAUGGACUGUCUGGCCUGCGUGGUGAACAGGGUCCUCCUGGAGCAAUGGGCUUGCCAGGGCCUCCAGGGUUGCCUGGUAAGCCUGGUGAAGAUGGAAAACCUGGGAUGAAUGGGAAGAAUGGCGAAGAUGGGACACCAGGAGAAGAUGGCAGGAAGGGGGAUAAAGGUGAAGGUGGAGAGCCUGGCAAAGAUGGUCGGGAAGGUAUUAAAGGAGAACGAGGGAGCAGUGGGCCCCCAGGAGCACCAGGGGCACCAGGUGUUCCUGGUGUGCCUGGGCAAGUGGGUCCACCAGGCCAGGGCAUGCCAGGUCUCCCUGGAACUUCAGGACAAAAGGGUGACAGAGGAGACACUGGACCCAAAGGAGAACAGGUGAAUACCUAUCAGUACCACAAGGCAUUGGAUAGUGCAGAAUUUACCUGCUUGUUCAUAGAUGAAGAAGGGUAUUCUGGUGUGGGAUGUAAAUCUCCAAAGAUCCUGUUGGUUCAGCUACUCACGUGUCUCCAUGAGGACUGCAUAUCUUAUAAGUGUAACUUCUGCGGGAAACCUGGGGAUCCUGGACAACGAGGCGAACCUGGAACAAUACCAAAUGUUGAACGUGCCCUAGACGCCUAUGGUAUUAAGAUUUCCUUACUGCGGGAGAUCACUGGUGCCUAUGAUGGGAGCGCUGAUCAAUUCUUGCCUGUGCCUGACCGCCGAAGGGUCCUAAAGGGUGACAGAGGGGACCCAGGAGAAAGGGGUCCUCCAGGCAAAGAGGGUGUAAUUGGAUUCCCUGGAGAGAGAGGACCAAGGGGAGAUAAAGGAGACCAAGGUCCACCAGGCCCACAAGGCCCAGUAGGUCGAGCCAUUGGAGAACGGGGACCAGAAGGGCCACCAGGCCAACCAGGAGAGCCUGGGAAACCUGGAAUUCCAGGAGUACCAGGCCGAGCUGGAGAACUUGGAGAAGCUGGGAGGCCUGGAGAGAAGGGUGAUCGGGGUGAGAAAGGUGAGCGAGGAGACCAGGGUAGAGAUGGUUUACAAGGCCCUCCAGGGCCACCAGGACCCAAGAUAGACAUGAUGGAUGGGAUCGUCUCAGGGCUUCCUGGAGAACGAGGAUCUAUAGGACCCAAGGGAAACAAGGGAGAACCAGGAGAAGAUGGCGAGAAAGGCUCUAGAGGCGAUAAGGGUGAAGCAGGGCAGAAAGGAGAGAGAGGUGAAGCUGGUGAAAAAGGCAGAGACGGCAGUCCUGGCAUUCCAGGAGAAAGGGGCCUUCCUGGCCCGGAAGGGAAAUCGGUAAGGAAAAGGGAGAGGGUACACAAUAAAGAUUUGUUGAUUGGAAAUGAGACUGGAUUUGAUCUUGUAAUGGUGAAGAGCAUAGAAAACUUUGUUGUUCCUGUGUUUGAGAAGAGGGAAUAUAAUGUGGUGGGUCCUGUUGGGCCUCCAGGCCCACCAGGAAUAAAGGGAGAUGCAGGAGAGCCUGGUUCUAGCAUCAGGGGUCUGCCAGGUCCCCCCGGGAAUAUUGGAAUCCCAGGACCCCCAGGUCCACCUGGCCCUGCGGGACCUCAGGGGUCUCCAGGAUUACCAGGACAAGUGGGUGAACCAGGGAAGCCAGGUGUAUCAGGGAGAGAUGGAGUCCCAGGGAAAGAAGGGGAACCUGGAUUGCCUGGGAAAAUGGGUAUGCCAGGACCUGUGGGAUCUGCUGGACCUAAAGGAGAACCUGGGGAUGCAGGUCUACCAGGGCAGACUAUUACGGGACCUCCGGGAGAGAAAGGCGAGAAGGGUGCACCAGGUGAUUUUGAUGGAGAACUGCUGGGGAAGCCGGGUUCCAAAGGUGAUAGAGGUCUACCAGGCCCGCGAGGAGAGAAGGGGAUACCUGGGGACCAGGGGGAACCUGGAGAUCCUGGAGAGGAUGGAGCCAAAGGAUCACCUGGAAUCAAAGGGGGAAAGGGUUCACCUGGAGUUGGCCUACAAGGACCUCCAGGGCAGACUGGGCCUCCAGGUUUGAAGGGAGACCUUGGUUUACCUGGGCCACCAGGAACUCGAGGUUUAGCAGGCAUGCCGGGGACUCCAGGCCAAGCAGGCCUGAGAGGAGAAAAUGGACUGACUGGUGCACCAGGACCUCCAGGAGAGCGUGGUCUAAUUGGCUUUCCUGGACGAGAUGGCACUGCAGGAGUGCCAGGACCACCUGGACCACCAGGGCCAGCAGGUUCACAGGGCACCCCUGGCCUGAAAGGUGAUAAGGGAGACACAGGUGUUGGACUGCCAGGUUCUAGAGGUGAGCGAGGAGACCCAGGGCCACAGGGAGAAGAUGGGCGUCCAGGGCUGGACGGAGAUCGGGGGCCUUCGGGUCCUCCAGGAAACAGAGGGGAGAGAGGUGACAAAGGAGAUGUUGGAGUUGUAGGACCAAAGGGAGACAAGGGUGAUACUGCCGUUGUGGAGGGCCCACCAGGUGCUCGGGGGAACAAAGGGGAACCGGGAGACCGUGGCCCAAAAGGGAUGGAUGGAGAGAAAGGUGACAAAGGAGAUCAAGGUGUUCCUGGAGAAAAGGGAGUGAGAGGUGAGCAGGGUGAAAAGGGGUCAUCAGGAUUUCCAGGAGCACGAGGUCCUGGUGGGCAAAAGGGAGAAGUUGGGGCAUCUGGAGAGCCAGGAGAGCCAGGGCUACCUGGAAAGGAUGGUAUCCCAGGAUUCAGAGGGGAGAAAGGAGAAAUGGGGCCUGUUGGGAUGCGAGGUCCAAAGGGGGAUCGAGGAAUGAAAGGAGCCUGUGGCCAGGAUGGAGAGAAGGGAGAAAAGGGAGAACCAGGCCUGCCAGGUCGAAUGGGACUUCCUGGGAGGAAGGGUGAGCCAGGUGAAAUGGGCGUGUCUGGAACCCCAGGAAUCCCUGGGAAAGAAGGCCUCAUAGGACCCAAGGGUGACAGGGGAUUUGAUGGACAGCAAGGCUCCAAAGGAGACCAGGGAGAGAAAGGGGACAGAGGUGUACCAGGUGUUAUUGGCUCCUCAGGACCCAGAGGCAGUGAUGGACCUCCAGGCCCUCCUGGCCCCCCUGGAAGCAUUGGUCCAAAAGGUCCAGAAGGGAUUCAGGGUCAGAAGGGUGAAAGAGGGCCUCCAGGAGAGUCUGUUUUAGGAACUCAGGGGAUUCCAGGAGUCCCAGGAGAAAGAGGACAGCAGGGAAAUCAAGGGCCUGCUGGACAUAGAGGAGAGAAGGGAGAGCCUGGCAUGACGGAAGAAGAAAUCCGUCUGUUUGUCAGGUCAGAGAUGAGUCAGCACUGUGCUUGUGGAGGCCAGUUUUCCCCACCAGACACACGUGUCCUCCCCAACUAUCCAUCCACCCAACCAUUGCCAUCUGUUAAUGCUCAAAUAGUACCUGUGCUUAAGUUGUCCCACGCUGAGGAAGAGGAGGGGGACCACGCACGAAACAUAGUGAACAUAAAUGAACCUGAAUAUGAGUAUUUCUACACAGAGGACUAUGAAGAGGGCCUGGAAGCAGAUGGGACAGAGAGCCCUAUGCUGAGGGAUGAAAUUAUGAGCCCAAGGGCAGCUCCCAAACAUGGACAACAAAAGAGAGCUCUCUCUGAACAAGGUGACCCCUGUGCCUUGCCCUUGGAUGAGGGAGACUGCAACAACUACACAUUAAAGUGGUACUAUAACCAAAGAGUGUCUGAGUGUCGACCCUUCAUCUACAGUGGCUGCAGAGGGAAUCGCAACCGAUUUAACUCCAGGGAGGCCUGUGAGCAUGAUUGCAAGCCACAAGCAAGUGCAAAUGGAUAGGAAAAAAGAUACAUACAUUCUGAAGUGGGGAUCUUAUUCUGAUGGAAUGGAGGAACUCACCAAAAGAAGAGAUCUCCAGCCCUGCAGGUUCUGAAGGGGAAACCUAUUUGCAGCCUGCACGAGAUCUCAUAUAUACUUGCUCCCUUUGGUCAGAGACUCACCUUGCUGCCAUUUCCACUGCUUGUAGCACAAUUGUGUUUGCGUGUGUGUGUGUCUGUAGGCUCCUUCAGAUGGAGCAGAGAAAAGGUGCUAUUCAUUUUUUUAAAAUAAAGUAUUUUUAUUGCUCUUGA